AUGAAUUGUCAGAAAUGUCGCCAGCCUCUUAGGCUGGACGGUUCUCUGGAGGACCUCAAUCCAGCUGCCUACGAUGUCCUCGUUUCAUCUACAUCGCCACAAACACUCAAGAAAUCAUCCGUGCCGAACCCGCCGAUUGCGCAGCCGCAAGAGCAGGCGCGCAAGUCGUUAUAUGACAGAGUGUCGCGAAAUACGGGCCCACCAACGUUCAAGCGCAACCAUGGAGGCCAUCCUAGAGACUCAUCCAUGUCGUUUGUCCUAUUGUCGGAAUCACAGAUGACACAACCAACUCAGUCGCCAGACCUUCCCACAACCCCAACAAUACUGCGUCGCGCCAGCUCUAGUCGAAGUAAUGCAGAUAAUCCCGACGCACCUGUGGGAAACGAAAUGGACAGGAUCAACCGCCUGUUCGAGAUCCUCUCAGCGCGAUCCGAUAUCGACCACCCUAUUUGCGUCGAGUGUACAGAAAUGCUCGUUGAGGGCUUACAGAAGAAGCUAGAGGUUGCUUCACGUGAAAGGGACGCCUAUGUCAAACACCUCAAAGAAGUCAAGGCGAGUAAACCAAGUGAGGAGGAUAUAAAGGCUCAGGAGGAGACUUUACGAAAGGCUGAACAAGACAGAGCAGCCGCCAUGGAAGAGUUGAAGAAAUUAGAGUCAGACAAGACUUCGUUGGACGAGGAGCUCGUAGCCCUCGAGGAGGAGUCACGACAAUUGGAUAAGGAGGAAGAGAAGUUCUGGAGAGAACGAAAUGAGUUUGCAACCAAGAUGGCUAGGUUCCAGGCCGAAAGAGACAGCAUCAACGCCAAGUAUAGCAAUGACUCGCAGCUUUUGGAGAAGCUGCAGCGGUCUAAUGUGUACAACGAUACAUUCUGCAUCAGCCAUGAUGGCAGCUUUGCAACAAUCAACGGCCUCCGGCUUGGUCGGCUUUCUAACAAACCAGUGGAUUGGCCAGAAAUCAAUGCAGCUUGGGGACAUGCAUUGCUGCUGUUGGUGACCGUUGCGGACAAGCUGGCAUACAGAUUUGAUGGAUACGACCCACAACCUAUGGGCAGUACAUCCAGGAUCAUCCGAUAUGAAGUGCCGAGUCCUUCAUCGAGUCGAUUAGGCAGCCGUGCUGUCAGUGCGCCCCCUAAGAAGCAUGUCCUUGAGUUGUACAGCUCCGGAGAUAUGCCUCUGGGACUGACAUUCAUGCAUCGACGUUUUGACAACGCUAUGGUUGGUUUCUUGGAACUUGUGCGACAGCUGGGCGCGUUCGUGCAUAGGCAAACAGACGCUACUGGUUCGCCGCUCAGCCUGCCAUAUAAAAUCGACGGCGACAAGAUUGGAGAUGUGAGCAUCAAACUCGGCAUCGCGCAAGAUGAUGGCUGGACAAAGGCGUGCAAGCUGACGUUGACAUGCUGUAAGUUUCUGCUCGCUCACGCCAGUAACGUAACGUCGAGCGCAAGGAACGGGGCCAGUUGA